AUGCCCUUCCUACCGUUGCUGGUGCUGUUGGCUGGCAUUACCUUGCUGAUUUCCCGUCGUCGAUACAAGGCAAUCGGAGACAGAGAAAGUCCUAGAGUGAUUGUUGGAGGACAUACAUAUUCUGAAAGUGUCGGAGACGAACAGUCUUCGACGCGCGAGGGAAAGAUUGAAUCUAUUCGCAGUGCCUGUAUAAUCGGCGCUGGACAUGUCGGAGCAUUGACGGCCAUUGUUCUCGCAUCGCAGAAUCCCAGUGUUCAAUUCCGUGUCGUUGAUGACGAUCCGCGUCUGAUCACCGCGUGGAAUUCGGAUCGCUUGCCAGUCUGUGAACCUGGUCUGGAUGAGCUUGUCUUUGAGAAGGAUCACGCCGUGGCAUCGGGCAAAACAAAGAAGCAAGUUGAUCACCAGCUCGACAUACACCAAAUAGACCUAUGUCAACCGCGAAUACGAAGACUGCGAAAUAUCACAUUCUCAACCAACCUCCACGCCGGAAUCGCAGCAUCGGAUACCAUCUUCCUCUGUGUGGAUUCUCCUCUGGACCACUCAUCCGAUGACGAGACUCCGGGCCUCGACCUGACCAACCUGAAAACUGCCAUCCGGGCCAUCGCCCAAGUGUCGUCCGGACACAAGAUCAUCGUCCACCGGGGGACAGGACCAAGCGGAAUCGUCCCCCGAAUCAAGAAAAUACUCAAAAAAACCGCCUCCCCAUCCGCCUCUUUCGAAGUUCUUUCCAACCCCGAGUUUCUAGUCCCAGGAACGGCCAUCCGCGACCUUCUCUACCCAGUCCGAAUUAUAAUUGGCCACAUCUUCUCCGAGGACAUGUCGCCGGAAGCACUAACCGCCCUGAAAGGAUUGUAUUCUUGGGUCCCCGAGGACCGCAUCGUCACCAUGGACGCCUGGUCCUCGGAACUGGGGAAGGUCGCCGCGAGCGCGAUGCUAGCGCAGCAGACAAGCAGCAUCCAGUCUCUGCGCGCAAUCUGCGAGUCCACGAAUGCAAAUAUCACGCAUAUCGAGCAGACUGUAGGGGCACUUUCUACGACUGGAUAUGGGAACGGUGGAUGGAGCUUGCUCAGGGACGUCGGGUGUUUGGUUUAUUUGGCGCAGGAGCUGGGGUUACCCGAGGUGGCAGAGUACUGGAGGGCAGUGCUGAGGAUGGAUGCGUAUCAGACACGGCGCCUUGCUCAACGCAUCAACGACAGUCUACCUGGAGGAACGGAGCGGAGGGAUGUCGCCAUCCUUGGAUUCGCGAGCAAGUGGAAUACCAUCGAGAUCGGGAAUACGAGUGCGACGCGGCUGGUGCGGGAACUUACGUCUUCUGGCGUCAAGGUGGACAUCUAUGAUCCGCGUGUGCCAAAAGAGCAGAUUGAGAGAGCGCUAGGUCUUGUGAGUGGUCAUCUGGAUGCUGUCACGAUCGUGGAGGACCUGCAUGCGGCCUGUUCCGGCUGCGGUGCGGUUGUCCUGCACACCGAUUGGGACGAGUUCAAAGAGGAUCGGCUAGACUGGGGGGAGGUUGCGGGCGAGAUGGAAUCUCCGAAAGUGCUAUGUGACUCUCAUGGGAUGCUUGACUGGCAGAGGAUGGAGAAGCUGGGGUUUAAAGUGCUUCGACCAGGAGUCAAUUGUGAUAGCAGACUUUAA